AUGUCCAACCCGCUAGCAGGUAUCGUCGUCCUGACCCGCCACGGAGACCGACAGGGCUUCUACCAGUCGCCCAAGACGUACACCGCAUCCAACACCAACCUCACCGUGCUCGGGUACCGGCAACAGCUCUUCAACGGCCAGGACCUGCGCGCUCGCUACCUGCUCCCGACUUCGCCGACGGCCAUCGGCGGAAUCGACAGCGACGUGGCCGAGAAUGCGCAGCUCUCGGUGCUGGCCGAUGCGGGCGGCGAGGGGGGCGUGAUUGUCGAGAGCAGCCUGGCACUGCUGCAGGGCUUCUACCCGCCCUACGACGAGUCCAUCACGCUGGCCAACGGCACCAGCGUCGACUGGUCCGGACGCGUCCAGCUCAUCCCCGUCGAGACGGUCGAGCCGGAACAAUCGAUUGCCAUGGAGCCGUGGACCGACUGUCGCGCCUGGACGCAGCGCCUCAACAAGUGGUACGGCUCGUCCGAGUUCAAACAGAAGGCGGCUGAGGCCAAUGCCUUCUACGACUCGAUCCAGGGCCUGCUCGGCAGCCGGCCACGGCUGCUCGAAAAUGCGUGGAACAUCUACGACUUUCUCAACGUCGAGCGCAUCCACGACAGCACCCUGGCGCCGCAGAUCACCGACGACAUCCUGCGCCAGGCGGGGACGUGGGCAAACUACCACGAGACCGUCAGCUUCUCAGACGCCGACCCAAAGGACAUCGGCAACGUGGCGGGCCAAGCGAUGCUCUCGCUCCUCCUCGACGGCAUCGCGGCCACUGCCAACGCCACCGACCCGCUCAAGGUCAACAUCCUCGCCGCGUCGUACAAGCCCUUCCUGUCGCUCUUCAAGAUGCUCUCGAUUCCGCAGCUCGAGGAUAACCUGAUCGACUAUGCGAGCACCAUGGUGUUCGAGGUCUACGCCGACCAGACCGUCCAGGUUGUCUAUCGCAAUGGGUCCUCGGGCGCCUUUGAACCGUACCCCAUCCUCGGCGCUUCGAGCGGCAGCGGCGUCAAGGUAUCCGACAUGGAGGACAGGCUGCGGCCGUACACGAUUUCGACGCUGGCGCAGUGGUGCGACGCCUGCUCCACCACCGACGCACGCGGCUGCGAGGCCCUCUACCGCCUCAACGGCACGGGAUCCGACCACGGCGUUCCCGUCACCUCAACCUACGGCCAGCACGCCGUCUCGCCCGUCGUGGCGGGCCUCAUCGGCGCCAUGGUCACCCUCGCACUCGGAGCGGCGCUGCUCGGCGCACUCGCCUUCUUCACCGGCUCUUCCCUGACCCUCGCUCCGUCAUUGGCUAGGCGCAAGAGCCGCGCAGAGGCAGCCGCCGCCGCCGGCAGCGAGGGAGGAGGUGCGGCCGCCCGCACCAGCACCAACUUUGCCUCGAGGUUCGGCGGACGCGAGUCGCUCAGGUCGGCCAUUUCGUUGCAGGCCGACACGCUGGCGGGCCAGGAGACGGGCAAGACGAGCUUCGAGCUCCUCCAAAGUCCAUCGCGGGACGCCAAGCAGUGA